AGCCAAAAAAGCGCGAACGCGAACCGUGUCAUCACAUUUGAAUCAAUCGAGCUCCAAUUGUCGCCUUCAAUUGAAUUUUUUUUUUUUGAUUGCAUGACAACACCUCAGCAUCAGAACCCUCGCCACUACCUUUACCAUCACCACUUCCGCGAUGGAGGAAAGCACAGAACGCGACGGCAAGGUCGGAGAAUGGAUUAAAAAACACGACUCCGAAGAUCAGGUCGAACCAAAUGAAGAAGACUCGGACGGAGAGAUGGAAGAGGCGGCUGACGCCCAAGAAGACGAUGGCCCAGCACCAAAACAGUCGUACAAAUCAUGGAAGAAAAAGUACCGAAAGAUGCGCGACGCUUUUGAGCGAAAGAUGCGCGAGGGCGAAGAGAUCUACAGGCGAGAAAUGCGCGCGAUCGAGACGAACAAACGCAUCGCCAUCGAGAUAGAUCGUCUGCUCGAUUUGCUACUUGAGGUCAACAAUACGCCCCAGAUCCCUCCAGAAAAACGCUUCGACUUGAGCAUUCCCUUCUCGUCUGAUGGAACCUCCGACAUGCUACCGGGAGAAAUGUAUCUGCCCAUCGACAUGCCCGGAAAUGACAGUUUCCGUGGUGCCGAAAAGCCCUCACAGGCACUCCGCGACAUGCUCGUGGAGAUCCCGCACCACCGAUAUGCCGCCGCCGCCGAGCUUUUCCCUAAUGUGGUCAGCGACCUCGAGGCCGGUGUGGGCGGCGAGGGCCCCGGCGCAGAUAUGAUCGCAUCGGCCAGCCGCCAGCACCCGGCCUGCUUCCUCACGGCCGACGAUAUCGACAACUACCUCUGGGAGCUCGACCAGCGCAUCGCCGAGGACAGGCGCGAUCGCGGCCUGUCUCCGUUGCCCGUCGUGCCCACCCUCGCUCCCAAGGCUCGCGAUCCCACCGCAGGCAGCCCAGGAGCAACAGCAGCAGCUACCUCUGCAACCGCCGAUCCCAACGCCGCCGCGCGCGACUUUGCCCUCCGGAACCCCACCAGCGUGUACAAUUGGCUGCGCAAGCACGCACCAAAGACCUUCCUGCAGGACGCCGAGGCUACGUCGGCCGUCGAUGUCGAUGCCGCUGAGACUCCGCACCCGGAGCGCCCCUCCGGGUCCCGCAGCCGGGCCAAGUUUGAGCCCGCGAAGCGCGGUGGCAAGGCAGCGACGCCGGCCAGCACGCCCACCACCGCCAGCAAGCGCGGCUCGGGCGUCGCCCGCGGUGCGGCUAAGCGCUCGCGCCAGUCAGCCGUCACCACAGCCGACCAGGCCGACGACGCCAAGGAAGAGGAUGGCGACGAGAUGGCGCUCGACGAAACCGCAGCAGCGACUCCAACGGCUGUCAAGGGCAAGCGCAAGCGCGCUGCGGAUGACGACGCAGGUUACAGGCCUAAGGGGGGAUCCGCACGGCCGAGUAAGAAGAAGCGGAAGAGCGAGGCCGGGGACGCCACGCCGACGUCGGCCAGGUCCAGCAAGGCUGCUAAGGCCAAGGCUGCUGCUGCCGCCGCCGAUCUCGAUGCCGACGGUGACGAGGAUGCUGCUAUUGAGGAUGCGGAGUGAUUUUUGUCCUCGUUUCUUUUGUCUUUUGGGGGGGUUUUUUUUCACUGUUUUAUCUAGCCCGGGACGCGGCAAAGGGGAAAUAUUGGUACUCUCUAUUCGUGAGAGAGCUGCUGCCACAUGAUGGAGCAUUGGCGUUCGGCGUAUGGGCAUCUUUUCGGGCAUAUUUUCUCCAAUCGGUGGGGAAUUCCUAAUGAAUUCCAAGCGGUUUCUAAUAGAUUCAGAUUUCAUGUACGAAUAACUUAUUUGUACCAAAAACAAAGACCUGCAUGAGGC